AUGGCCUACCUAGGCAUCUACCGCGCCCUCUACGACUACGCUCCGCAAUCGGAGGAAGAGCUUGAGCUACACGCCGACGAUGUCCUCUUCGUGCUCGAGAAAUCGACCGAGGACAGUUGGUGGAAGUGCAAGAAGAAGGCCGCCAAUGAUGACGACGACGAAGAGCCAGAGGGACUGGUCCCGAACAACUACAUAGAAGAGGCGACGCCGCUCCAUACCGCCAAAGCGCUGUAUGACUACACCAAGCAGACCGACGAGGAACUGAGCUUCAAAGAGGAUGCGCGGCUGGAGGUCUAUGACGAGAGUGAUCCCGACUGGACACUCGUCGGCUGCGAUGGCGAAUACGGCUUUGCCCCGGCCAUCUACAUUGAACCUGUCCACGAUACCCCGGCAGCAAAUCGAGCCGUCUCGCCGCCACCCCCGAUGCCGCCACGGCCAUCUCAAGUAGACAACGACGAGCCUCUCCCGGGUGAGGCGGACUAUGUGCCGCCGGGGGCGGCGGGGAAUAGUCCCGCAGCGGCCCUGGCCGGCAUCCUCGCGCAAAGAACUGGCGCUGCUUCGGCGGACACUGGUGCACAAUACACUCCCGAAGCGAGCGAGGGAGAGGAAGAGGAAGAGGAAGAGGCGCCUCCGCCCAAACCAGCCCGUCCUCAAUCCCAGGCCUCGAUCCCCGCCGCCGCCUCACCACGCCCCGCUCCCUACACUCCUUCCGGCACCGCCGAAGCCCCUGGAAUCAUGCCGUCUCCCCCGCAGUCACCAUCACGCUCUCAGGGUGGAUACUACAUGUACAACAUCCACGAGAUGGUCUCCUUUCAGAACAAAUCCAAGAAGCUGCCGACCACCCUCGAGAUCGACACGAACCAGGGCGUGAUCAUGAUCUCACCCGAGAAGAGUCGUGAUGGCUCAAGUCAAGAGUGGAGUGCGGAGAAGCUUGCCCACUACUCCAUCGAGGGCAAGCAUGUCUUUGUGGAGCUUGUAAGACCCAGCAAGAGCAUCGAUUUCCAUGCGGGAUCCAAAGGCACAGCCAAGGAGAUUGUCACACACUUGGGCGAGCUGGCUGGAGCGAGUCGAGGAGGCGGCCUGCGCGAGGUGCUUGAAGCCAGCAAGGGCAGUGCGGGAGAUGGCAUCAAAACUGGCCAAAUGCUUUACGAAUUCAUGGCACAGGGAGAUGACGAAGUCACCGUGGCCGCUGGCGAUGAGGUGCACAUUCUCGACGACACCCGGAGUGAAGAGUGGUGGAUGGUGAAACGCUUGCGAAACGGCAAGGAGGGCGUUGUGCCGUCCUCGUACGUCGAGAUCACUGGAGUCGUUGAGAAGAGUGUUGGCAACGCUUAUGCUGGAUUGAAUGCCGGAAGGAGUAUCGUGGAUCAGAACCGGCUGGAGGAAGAACGGCUGACAAGGGAAGCUGCACGAAAGUCGAAGAGUUCGCGGGAUGAAAUUCCGGAACGGGGCAGCAGCCUUACGACCGCCGAAUCGAAGAGCAAAGGGAAACGAGCCUCCACCAGCUCUCCGGGCGGGCCGAAGAGUCGACCGAACCAAGCCCGACUGCGGACAUGGACCGACCGUUCGGGAACGUUCAAAGUCGACGCCGAAUUUAUCGGUCUCCGCGAUGGCAAGAUCCACCUGCACAAGCUCAAUGGCGUCAAGAUUGCCGUGCCCGUCGCGAAAAUGUCUCUGGAAGACAUCGAAUACGUCGAGAGAGCCACGGGCGAGAAUCUGGACGACGAUAAGCCGUUGUCGGACGUCAAGCGCCGAGGCACGCAAAAGACCAACGGCACCGGCGCCGGCGCAAGCAUCGACCACGAGAAGCAGCAGAAGAAUGAAGACUAUUGGUUCGACUUUUUCUUGCAGUGUGGCAUCGAUGUCAAUAUUGUGGGCAGAUACGCCAACGCUUUUGUCAGAGACCAGAUGGGUCCUGAAAUCGUGCCUGACAUUAACGACAGCCUUUUGAGGACGUUGGGAUUGAAGGAGGGAGACAUUCUGCGUGUCAUGAAGCAUAUUGAUAACCAACUUGGACGACAGAGAGGUGGUCAGGCAGGCGGCGAAGCAGAGUCGAGUGGUGAUCAGGGCGGAUUGUUCUCGGGGCCUGGUGGGGCUCUCAGAAACAACACGCGCAAGGGAAGACCAGCGCCGGCGGUACAGACGAACGAUGUCGUCAACGAAGACGCUUUUAAACCACGCGACGCCGACAGUUCGGGGACCAGGACGCCUACUGGAGCCCCAGAAGGCGCUGCUAAGACACCACUCGCGAGUGCGCCGGCGAGAGAACCGCAGAGUGGCUUCGAAGAUGACGCCUGGGCCGUCAAACCUGCUCGCACGCAGACUCCGGAGGCUCCCAAAGCGGUGGAGGCGCCCAAGACUGCAGCGCCACCCAGGCCGUUGAUCAACGACGACAUCGCUUCCCUCUCCAUCUCGACGCCCGCUCUACAACCUUCGGCCUCUGCGCCAGCACCGCCUGCGCAGAGUCCUCCGAGAGCGUUGACUCCUCAGGAUACUGCUCAGCCUGCGCACCCUCCGGGCGCGGACAAGGCGAUUUUCGACAAGAUUGCCUCGCUUGCGCCUGCGCGACAGCGUCCUCAACCCCCAACUCCUAUGCAACUCCCUCCAGGAUCCGCGUUAAUGGCGCCUCCGCCCAGAGCGAGCUCCGCGCCCGGCUUCCCGCCUCAACAAAGCGGAUUCGGGCCGCAGACUCUCCAGCCGCAACUCACUGGAUACGCCUCCCCACAACGUACAGGCUACGGCGGUCAGCAGCCGCAAUACCAGCAACAGCAGCAGCAACCUCUGCAACCCCAGCAAACCGCCUUCCAAUACGGCGGCUACCAAGGCCAACAACCGAACGGCUUCGCGCCCCAACCCACCGGCAUCCAAGCCGUGCAACACAACUACCCCGCCCUGCAACCGCAGCCCACAGGCCUCAACUUCCAGCCGCAAAGCCACUUCGGGCAACAGCAGCAAAGCGAGCAAUACGGCCUACAAAACAUCCCCUACCAACCACAAUACCUCAACGGCACCCAAACCGGCUCCCCCUUCGCCGAUCCCCCCCGCCAACCCUACCAGCCCUCUCAACCCUCCGGCCUGUCACACUCCUACUCCGUCGGCCCGCCCCAGCAGACCGGCUUCCAGCAGCAGCAGCAGCAGCAGCAUGCCUACAGCUACUCCGGCCCCCAACCCACCGGCCUCAACGGCUACGCUCCCACCCCACCUCCACCGCGCCUUCCGCCCCAGCAGACAGGUGGUGUUUUCGGGCCGCCGCAGGCUUUUGGCGCGGGGCUCAAUGCGCCGCCUGCGCCUUUACUUCCGCAGCAGACGGGCCCGCCGCCGCCGGUGCGUUUUGGUGUGCAGCCGGGGCAGAACAAGUUGGUGCCGCAGCCUACUGGGAGGGCGAAUUUGUCCAAGGCUACUCCGCAGAACCCGUUUGGGUUUUAA